AGAUUAGAGAGUUUACAAUUUGUGAAAAUGCUCAACCAACAUCGGGCAACCAAAGUUCUAUCAAGCCUCCCUUGCCUUUCUAUUCGUAUUUCUACCUCUCUCCCAACUAAAAGAAUACCCAUCGAGCGAGAGAUCAAUAAGCUGACGAUUAUCUACAGUUUCUCUGAACCCACGGUAAAGUUUAUUAGGAUGAGGAUUACCAUCCUUUUGUCAUUAACAUUUAGCAAAUCAUUAACAUCUCAUAUACUGGCCCAUGGAAAGUAGAGCAACCUGCCGAAUGCUUUGACAGAUUCCAAUAUUUUAACAUUUUAGGUUUUUUUAUACAUUGAAAAUUAUGAUCCGAUCCUCAAGAAAUCCAAUAACAAAUCAAUCCACCGCCAUACACAAUUAUAUAUCACUUUUAAUUGAACACUAUUUCUGCUAUCUAUCUUUUUCACCAUGCCUCCUCUGCUGCUGCUGCUUCUUCAAAUCCUGAUCCUGUCACUGCUUAUCUGCUUCCUCAAAUUUAUAUACUCCACCAUAUGGGUCCCUCUAAGAAUCCAACAUCACUUCAAAAAGCAAGGCAUAAUUGGUCCUAAAUACCGUCCGAUCACCGGUAACACUGCGGAGAUCCGCCGUCUAUACGUUGAAGCUCAGUCCAAGAAAACGUUGGGUUUGAAUCACGAUGUGCUUCACCGUGUGGCUCCAUUUCACUACCAUUGGUCGCGGAAGCAUGGAAAGAUGUACGUUUACUGGUUCGGGGUGAGGCCCAGGUUGGCUAUAUCUAAUCUGGAUGUGAUUAAGGAGGUUCUGAUGAAUACUGGUGGUGGGUCUUUCAAGAGGGUUGAGCAAAACCCUCAGGCUAAGCAGCUAUUUGGGGAAGGACUCGUUGGGCUGGAAGGCGAGAAAUGGGCCUUUCAUAGAAGGAUUGCAAACCAGGCUUUUAACAUGGAACGGGUUAAGGGUUGGGUGUCGGAAAUUGUGGCUAGCACUGGGAAUAUGCUAAACAAGUGGGAGGAAAUACGAGGAGUAAGAGAUGAGUUCGAGAUGGAAGUGAAUAAAGAAUUUCAUGACCUCUCAGCAGAUGUUAUAUCCAGAACGGCCUUUGGAAGCAGUUUUGAAGAAGGGAAGCGAAUAUUUGCCUUGCAGGAACAGCAAAUGCACCUCGUCUCUCAGGCUAUAAGAAGCGUCUACAUCCCGGGCUUCAGGUUUUUGCCUACCAAGAAGAACAGAGAGCGGUGGAGACUAGACAAGGAAACUCGUGAAUCUAUAAGGACAUUGAUCAAGACUAAUGGCAGAGCAAGAGAAAAUUCAAGAAAUCUACUUAGUUUACUAAUGUCUUCAUAUGAAAAUAAGGAUGGGGAGGAAGAGAUAUUAACAGAAGAGGAGAUUAUCGAUGAGUGCAAGACUUUCUACUUUGCAGGAAAGGAAACUACGGCCAAUCUUUUGACUUGGGCACUUGUUCUUUUAGCAUCACAUCAAGAAUGGCAACACAAGGCGCGAGAGGCAGUGUUUCGAAUCUGUGGACGAGGGAAUGAGCUUCCAGUUGCAGAAAGUUUGAAUGACCUUAAGAUUUUGAGCUUGAUAAUCAAUGAAACUCUGCGACUCUACCCACCAGCUGUGAUGCUAUUGAGGGAAGCAUCUAAAAAGGUUAAGCUGGGGACCCUUGACAUUCCUGCAGGCACACAACUGUAUUUGCCACUGGCUGCUAUCCACCAUGAUCCUGAUAUAUGGGGAGAAGAUGCAAAUGAGUUCAAUCCCCUGAGAUUUGAUGAGUCGAGAAAUCACUUGGCUUCAUUUUUCCUAUUUGGAAUAGGCCCCAGAAUAUGCGUUGGACAAAAUUUGGCAAUCGUUGAAGCAAAAAUUGUCCUGGCGAUGAUCAUCAGAGAUUUUUCUUUUGUAUUGUCACCAACAUAUGUUCAUGCUCCAAUGCUUUUCUUAACCCUGAUGCCCCAACAUGGCGCGCAUAUCAUCUUUAGCAGAAUUUCAAGUUGAAAUUUUGUGUUAAUUUAUUUGGUUUCCUUAUCUGUAAAAGCAAUUGUACACGAAAUUUCACUAUUAACUCAUCAAAUCCAGGACCUAUUUGGGGGCA